AUGCCGCCAAAAGCAAGACAGGGUUCUAGAUUACCUACCACACUAGAAGAGUUGGCACAACUCAUAGCCCAACAUGUUAAUACUGCCAUGGAACAGCGUGAUGCUAACCAGAAUGAUGGCCAGGGACGUGGACGUGGUGCUCAUGGUCAUGGUUUUGGUGGGGCACAGAUUGGAAACCCUCCAGCACUAUCCUGGUGGAACUCGCAAGUUCAAAUUUUGGGUGAAGACGUUGCCUAUGGUCUAACCUGGAACGAACUUAAAGAGAUACUCCUAAAGGAAUACUGCCCGUGUAGUGAGAUACAGAAAAUCGAGACCGACUUCUUGAACCUAACCAUGGAAGAUUUGAAUGCCAGAGCUUACACUUCUCGUUUUAACAAUUUGGCAAGGUUAGUUCCACGGAUGGUUACUCCUGAGUAUGUUAAGAUAGAUAGGUAUAUUUUGGGGCUAUCGCCACGAAUUCGUAGCAUGGUCACAUCAGCGAAACCCACUACCUAUCUAAAAGCUACUACAUUGGCGAAAUCGUUAGCGGAUGAUGCGGCUCGCGAAGGUAGCUUUAAUAAGAAGGAGGAAACCGGGAAGUCAUGGGGCAAGGCCAAUGCAGACGUGAGAUCUGAACGAUCGGAGCAUUCUGAGUCUAAGUCAGGAGAUUCGAAGAAGCACAAGUCUGAGAGCUUGAGGAAGGAAACCGAUGAGAAGCGUGAUAGGAAACGCGGUUCGGGGAAGGCGUAUGUAGCAAGUUCUAGCAGUUCUAGAAGGGAUAAUGCCAGGGAUGGCAGGAGUUGUUCCGAGAGGAAGACUAAUGAGGAUGAGCAGAAAAAGUGCGCCAGGUGUGGUCGAACUGGGCAUGUUACCCACGAGUGCUAUGCUAAAAGUACUUCGGACGGAACGAAGCUAGAGGGAUGCUUCCAGUGCGGUGAACAGGGACAUUUCAAGAGAGAUUGUCCUAAAGCAAAGGGUCAAAAUGCCAGGGGCAGAGCGUUCGAGCUAAACGCUGGAAAGGCACAUGACGAUCCUUCUGUAGUUACCGGUAUGUUUUUUAUCAAUAACCAUUCUGCGUUCGUACUCUUUAAUACUGGAGCUGACUUGAGUUUUGUUUCGAAAAACUUUGAACCAUUUUUGUGUUCUCCAACAACUAAGCUAAGUAAAAAGUACUCGAUAGAACUAGCAAAUGGUAAACUGAUAGAGACUAACGAGGUCGUUCGUGGUUGUUGUAUUCAGUUAGAUGAUCAUAGUUUUAGUAUCGAUUUAUUUCCAGUGGAGCUGGGUAGUUUUGAUGUAGUUGUGGGGAUGGCUGAAGGUAGGAAGAUCGAAGAGAUUCCUAUAGUCCACGACUAUCCAGAAGUUUUUCCUGAAGACUUACCUGGAUUACCCCCUGCGAGACAGAUCGAGUGCAGAAUUGAACUGGUACCUGGUGCUGCACCGAUUGCAAAAUCUCCUUAUAGAUUAGCACCGUCAGAGAUGAAAGAAUUGUCGAAUCAGCUUCAAGAGCUACUAGACAAAGGUUUCAUUCGACCAAGCUUUUCGCCUUGGGGUGCACCUAUUUUGUUUGUGAAGAAGAAGGAUGGAACCUUCAGGAUGUGUGUUGAUUACAGAGAGCUGAACAAGUUGACUAUCAAAAAUCGGUAUCCUUAA